AAGUACCCCCUCAUGGAGCCGACUGAAAUGUCGUGCUUAACAGAACACUGUAAAAGCUGUUCACUCUGGCUCAUAUAAGCCUCAGAUUGUGUCUCUGUUUGCAGCAGCACCAACAGAUAUUCUCUCUCUCUCUCUCUCCCCAUAAAACCCCCUCCACCCAUUCCAACCGACUAGUACCAAAACCAUUCAUCUAACCCAAGUUCCUCUUCUUCUAGUACUCUCACCAUUCACAUCCACAUCCACAACUCUCAAAAACAAAAGAAAACCCACAAAACACAAAGCGAAGAUCGACCCAAAUGCCUUCGGACUCCAGCGAGCACCGCAGGCCACCCAAGACGGCCCAUAACCCGGGAGCCCCACCACCAGAACAAGAGCAACUGCCGUGCCCGCGCUGCGACUCUACCAACACCAAGUUCUGCUACUACAACAACUACAACUUCUCGCAGCCCCGCCACUUCUGCAAGUCCUGCCGUCGCUACUGGACUCACGGCGGGACCCUCCGCGACAUCCCCGUCGGCGGUGGCUCCCGCAAGAACGCCAAGCGCUCCCGCACCGCCACCAAUAUCGUCUCCUCUGCCGUCACUUCUCACGUCGACCCUCUACCCGCCACCCCGGUCCUGCUCCCCCUCACGGCCAGCCAGGGUUCGUCCGUACAGUUCGGGGUUGGUGGCAAUGGGGGUGAUGUGAAGGGUAAUGCGAGUGUUUGUGGGAGUUUCACGUCUCUGCUGAACACUCAGGGGCCGGGCUUUUUGGCACUGGGUGGGUUUGGGCUUGGGCUUGGACCUGGGUUUGAGGAAAUGGGCUUUGGGCUUGGGAGAGGGAUCUGGGCUUUUCCCGGGGUUGGAGACGGCGGUGGUGGUGGUGGUGGUGGUAAUGGUGGUGCAACGGGAAUGGGGAACACGUGGCAGUUCGAGAAUGGAGAGUCUGGGUUUGCUGGUGGAGACUGCUUUUCUUGGCCGGAUUUGGCAAUAUCGACCCCUGGAAAUGGUCUCAAAUGAACUCCUCUUUUCCACCACCUUUUUUUUUUUCUUUUUUUCUUUUUUUCUUGUUUUUGUUUUUCAAGGUAAACUGUGUUUUUUAGGGUUUUUAUUUGCUACUGUUGAGAGUAAAUUGGGUAUGAAAUUUAGAAAAAAAGAAGUAGACUUUUUGACUC